AUGGAGCCCGCAAUGUACAUGUGUGUGCUCUCCGGAGCACAACGACUUCCUCUUCCUCCUCCUCCUCCUUCUCUCGGUCCUUCUGCCACGGGCACUCCAAAAUGCAUUCAUGAGCAUUUUGUCCUUCCGUCGCCGCCGCCGCCGCCAGAUGCUCCUCUUUUUUAUCAUAAUCGACACAUGACCAUGCUCGUCGUCGUGCUACUGUUCAUUCUCACACUUUUGUGGAUGCUCUUCUGGUUCGGCUGGCGAAUGGUGAGUCAUGGCGAGUCAACAACGACAACAACAACAGGAAUAGAGGCGGCGCCAGUGAGGAAGGAGCAAAAACGAGAGGAGCAGGAGGAGAAGGUCAGUGGCAAGAGCGCUCUGUUGAGAAACAGAACAAGUGAAGCCUAUUUGUGGCGCCUUAAGCCCAAGAUUUAUAGGUGACCCAAUCGAAACUCGACGAAGAAGCUCUCAAUCAGAAGCUCAUUCCGAAUGGAACAUGUCAAGAAGCCCCAGUUGAUGAUUCUGAAGACGUCAAACUCAACACACACCUUCUCGAAUAUUCGGGAAAGCCUUCAGAAGCAGAAUCUUCGAAUUCCUUAGGAACACGGCUGCUAAAUCAUUCUUGCGAACCUGUGAAGAGCCAAGAAUUGCAGAAGUGCUAUUCAAAAUUCGUACUGACAUCUUUUGAACCACCAGAAGAUCGUCUUGAAGUAUCGGAAUCAACGACGCCACAAGGCUCACCGAAAUCCACGUCAUCGUGCGUUUCAUCAGAAGUUCUUCUGACUGACCCGAUACCUUCGGCAUCUGAAGAUGACUUUUCGGAAUCUUCAGGUUCAUAAAACUUCCGAAAAGUCCAAAUUUUUCCGUUUUAGGACCGUCCCGCCCUUCAUCUCUUCCUGCCUUUCCGUCCGUUCCGACGACGUUCAAUUUCACGCGGAAAACGCCCGAGUUGAUCCCGCGGAUGAUGUCGGAGGAAUUUGAGAAUUUGGGCCGAAGUAUCGAGAAACGCAAAUUGGAUAUACGGGACCUUUUGCGGAGAAUCGAGUCGGCGAAGCGGAGACAUCGGGUAAGAACUUUUUCGAACAAAUGUUUAUUUACAAACUUUUUGCAGCGAUUCAGUGA